AUGCCCUACUUCUCUCCAUCGCGGUCGAGGAGCCGCGGUGACCGAAGGGGAGGGGGCCGAGACCGGCGCAGGUCUCCGUCCUUCAGACGUCGAGACGACUCUCGACAGCGGCGUGCCUCACGGUCGCCGCUCACCCGCAGUUCGAGGCCACGUGCGGAAGGCUCAGGUGGCAGGACGAACAGCGACAGACGAUCUCCCCUGCCUCGGGAGCCGAAAUCCGGUUCCGGGUCCCAGCCCAGCGAGGAUCCUCCGACCAAAAACGAGACGCCCGCCGACAACUCCGACUCCAAAGGUGGAGAGGUUGAAACGAAGGUUGUCGAGGGCAUCGUGACUCGAGCAGGGGCACAAACUUACCUGUCUGAGAUCUACGUUCCACGCCUGCCUCCUUUGCGACCUGGCACCAUCUGUGUCAGAGGACCCCUCCGCUUUGAGAAGGACAUCGCUGAAGACGAUUGUCGGCGGUUAGCCAACGCACAUGCAGAUGGUGGCUACAAGAAGGUCUGGUCUCUAUCGUUGUCGCUGCCCCGUCUGCCAUCAAGGCUGUUGGCCUUGUGGGAUUUCGCGAUGCCUUGGUCUUCCAUGCAGGAAGCGCUGCGAGCCUUCAGACGAGGUGAAUUUGUGAUGGUUAUGGACAGUGACGAGCGCGAGGAUGAAUGUGAUCUCGUUUUUUCGGCAGAGAUGGUCACCGCCUCGCAAAUGGCCUUUGCAAUCCGCCACACGACGGGAAUUGUUUGUAUCGUUGCGGACAAGGCGAGAUUAGAGAAAUUCGGGCUCCACCCUGCCACGCAGAGAAACACUGACGCCAACGCCACAAACUUCUACGUGUCUACGGACUUCCUGCCCUCCACUUCGACAGGCGUGUCUGCAUCAGAUCGCGCCAUCACCGCCCGAGCGAUGUGCGACCUAAACAACCGGGCAGAGGACUUUUCCAAGCCGGGCCAUCUCUUCCCUCUUUGUGCUCGGCCCGGUGGGGUGCUCGAACGUCCAGGACACACCGAGUCGACCUUCGACUUCUGCCGCCUCGCCGGCCUGACUCCAGUGGGGCUCCUUGCGGAGCUGAUGCACGAUGAUGGCACGAUGUAUCGUCGCGACGACAGCCUGGCCUUUGCUAGUGCAAACAACAUUCCGAUCGUGACUGUAGAUCAGAUCAUCGAGUUCCGACAGAAGCACGGGACAAUAGCCCCUGCAUCUCUGUUCAGCGAGAAGGCCGGACUGGCUGCGACGGGCAGCGCCAGCGCCAGCCCGGCUGUCGUGGCUUCCUCGUGCGAUGCCAGGCGCCUUUCAGGUUUUGCUUUCUGCGCUUCCGUUGCGGAGGGUGACGAAAAUGUCUCUGAUGUGACGCCCUCAUCCCUAGGUUUAGUCUCCAACCAGCCCCAACGAGAGGGAGCGUUCAACAAAUGCAAAUGCGGUGCACAGCUUGUGCAGCGCAGGGCCGUCUUCAGCGUCCUGGCUGAAGAAGUGAACAGUAGACCAAGCUUCUUCUUUGGUGAAGUCUUCAUCAUCGUCAUCUUGUCAACGGGGUUUGAGAAAGCAGAGAAGUGGCUGCGCAACCGACUGAAGAUCGCUGGCGAUAAGAUUGGGAGAGAGAUCUUGGAUGCGCUGUUCAGAGAGAUCACAAUUCUCGGAUUCAUCGGUCUGCUAUUGUUUGUGCUGACCCACCUACUGCCGGAAGACACGCCACUAAUUUCUCUCGGGGCCGAAGAGUACAACAUAUUGCCUGAAACCUUCGAGUACGUGCACAUGGCGACAUUCCUCUUGCUGGUUGUGCUGCUAUUUCAAGGCUUUGCCGUGCUCAAGUUGUCACGUGAAACAGCAGAGACAUGGGCAGAGUACGAGAGCACUCGCGCAUUCGGCAAGAGCAAAAGAUCGAUGGAAACCAAGCUGGUGGAGGCUGGAUACUUGAAAAGAGUAGACAACCCCUUCUCCAUCACUGGCUACGAGCUGCAGCCUGUGAAGAACUUUGGAUAUGGGGAUACGCCACUGGAGCGGGUUGGUUUGCGCACCAAGGAGGUGCACAAGUUGAUUAUGUGGCGAUCCAUCCGGCACGGAUUUCUCUUCGACGGGCCACAAAGUGAGUUGCUGGUCAAUGAGGGGGGUGUGAUCCCUGGACUGUUCAGUUUCGAAUCCUUUCUCGAGCAGCAGCUGGGUCAGAUUGUCCUGGCAUUGGUUGAGGUUGACGUCACAACAUGGUUCGUCUCCCUGCUUGUCGUGGCGGUUGUCACAGCAAUUUGCCUGGCGUUGGAUUCUGUGAAUGCACAGCUGAUGCAGUGCUUCUGUUGCUGGGGAUUAUUUUCCAUCGGCUUGAUCUACUCCGUCGUUCUGGAGGAAGACACAUGGGAGCUGACGCCACAAGUCCCGAAGGAUCCCCGCGAGGUCCUGCGACUCUUCACAGGCACCUCGAUCCAAAUGGUCCGCCGUUCCUCUUGGCUGGGACGCACGCCGGAGGAGGCAGUCUCCAAAAUUCUCAGCCAGUCAGGGCGGCGCUUCCGGCCCAUGAUGCCAGGAAUCGACGGCACGCCUUGGCCACGGAUUCGGGCAACUCCAAGAGAAGAGCACGGGUUGGAUUCUUCGUUCUAUUUGGUGCAGGACUACACUGAAGCUUUCAAGCUCCUUUGCUUCCUCCAGGCAGCUGUGGUGGCUUCCUUAAUCGUAGAGUUGCUGAAUGGCAGCAUCCAUGGGCCCGACAGGACGAUCCCCUUUGCUUUGGCCUGCAUUGAGUGGCCUUUGAUGUUGUUCUGGCUUGUGCCCAGUCUGGUCAGGCGCUUGACACUUCGCGCAGCCCUUACCCGCACGAAAUCUAACGCUUGGUUUAAGAGUAACCAGAGGGGUCUGGUGAGACAGGUGAUGGUUGCUGGCAUCGAGGGCUUGUUAAGAGACUGUACACGGCUGAUCCAUCUUCAGGGCAUGGAGUCGAGAGCUUUCGUGACUGGUGAGACCUGGGCGCAAGCGGAUUCUGUCACACAAGCCAUGACCGGCCAGUCUCGAGCAUACCUUGAUUCGCACCUGCGGCAGAUUGCCAUCAACAAUGUCAAUCGGGGACAAGCUCUGUUUGACGAGCUGCCACCCAACUUGAAGUCGGAGGUGUCAAGCAUCUUCACCAGCUGGGAUGCCGCCAACUCUGGGUUUGUGAAGCCCCAAGAGCUAGCAAACAACAUGGAGCUGCUGGGCUUCAGUGCAACUUCAGAACGCCUUGCCAGGAACUUGAUACGAAUGGUGGAUAACGACGGCAGUGGGUUGUUGAGCUGGAGGAAAUGCCGAGCUCUAUUCAUGCUGGCCACGCGCGGCCGUCCAACUACGGAGCGACGAAGAGAUUUGACAACCUUCUUCUCCAGGGUGAAGAAGCAGAGCCCACGUGAAAUGACCGUUUUCGAGCUCGCAGAUGCAUUGCCCUUGCAUAGCAUCACGGCGGAAGAUCUCUCCAGUUUGAUGUAUCGCCAUUUCGGUAAAGUCAAGCCGUCAUUGACCCGUCCAGAAUUUGUUGAGUGGAUCGAGGCUGUUGAGCAAUCCAUGGUCAUCGACGAAGAAAGUUGA